AUGGCUGGUAGCACUGUCAUCCUGGAGGGUCAUUCCAACCGUGGCUGGGUUCUGGGUGCAGACAGCCAACAGGCCAAACCCCAGGCCUCUGCCCCUUUUCCACAUCACCAUAACCUCCACGUCUGCACUGCCCGACCACCCAACCCACCGCCCGACCACCCAAUCCACCGCCCGGCCACCCAACCCACCGCCCGGCCACCCAACCCACCCACCCACCCACCGCCCGACCACCCAACCCACCGCCCGGCCACCCAACCCACCGCCCGACCACCCAACCCACGGCCCGGCCACCCAACCCACGGCCCGGCCACCCAACCCACCGCCCGACCACCCAACCCACGGCCCGGCCACCCAACCCACGGCCCGGCCACCCAACCCACCGCCCGGCCACCCAACCCACCGCCCGGCCACCCAACCCACCGCCCGACCACCCAACCCACCGCCCGGCCACCCAACCCACCGCCCGGCCACCCAACCCACCGCCCGGCCACCCAACCCACGGCCCGGGCCACCCAACCCACCGCCCGGCCACCCAACCCACCGCCCGACCACCCAACCCACCGCCCGACCACCCAACCCACCGCCCAGCCGAGCGGAGCCAGCUCCCAAUGA